AUGGCCACAGCUGCCUCGAAUCCCUACAGCAUUCUCAGUUCUAGCUCCCUAGUCCAUGCGGACUCUUCGGGCAUGCAGCAGGGGAGUCCUUUCAGAAACCCUCAGAAACUUCUCCAAAGUGAUUACUUGCAGGGAGUUCCUAGCAAUGGGCAUCCUCUCGGGCAUCACUGGGUGACCAGUCUGGGCGAUGGAGGCCCAUGGUCUUCCACACUGGCCACCAACCCCCUGGACCAGCAGGACGUGAAGCCCGGGCGCGAAGACCUACAGCUGGGUGCGAUCAUCCAUCACCGCUCACCGCAUGUCGCCCACCACUCUCCGCACACUAACCAUCCGAAUGCCUGGGGGGCUAGCCCGGCUCCGAACCCGUCUAUCACAUCCAGCGGCCAACCUCUUAAUGCGUACUCGCAGCCUGGCUUCUCAGUGAGCGGCAUGCUGGAGCACGGAGGGCUCACCCCACCGCCAGCCUCUGCCUCUGCACAGAGCCUACACCCCGUGCUCCGGGAUCCCCCAGACCACAGCGACCUAGGCUCGCACCACUGCCAGGACCACUCGGACGAGGAGACACCAACCUCGGAUGAGUUGGAACAGUUCGCCAAACAGUUCAAACAAAGAAGAAUCAAGUUGGGCUUCACCCAGGCCGACGUGGGGUUGGCGCUGGGCACACUGUACGGCAACGUGUUCUCACAGACCACUAUCUGCAGGUUCGAGGCCUUGCAGCUGAGCUUCAAGAACAUGUGCAAGCUGAAGCCGCUGCUGAACAAGUGGCUGGAGGAGGCUGAUUCGUCCACAGGGAGCCCGACCAGCAUUGACAAAAUCGCCGCUCAGGGCCGUAAGCGCAAGAAGCGAACCUCCAUCGAGGUGAGUGUCAAGGGCGUCCUGGAAACGCAUUUCCUCAAAUGUCCCAAGCCUGCCGCGCAGGAGAUUUCCUCGCUGGCAGACAGCCUCCAGUUGGAGAAAGAAGUGGUGCGUGUCUGGUUCUGUAAUCGAAGACAGAAAGAGAAAAGAAUGACUCCACCAGGGGAUCAGCAGCCACAUGAGGUUUACUCGCACACCGUGAAAACAGACACGUCCUGCCACGAUCUCUGA